UUGUGACUGGCAUCGUCACGUCCGCGCGAGAGCGAGAAACAGGAGUGUACGCGCAGUGAGUGAGAGCGCGAGAGGAUGGAGGCCGCAGAGCAGCAGCGGAGCUCGAGUGACGGCGCGACCGCCAGAGGAGCGGGUGUCCCGGGCAGCGGAGGCGGCGCAGGGCCCGGAGGAAGCGCGGAAGGCGAGCGGGACAGAGAUCGAGCCACUUUCGAGUGUAACAUCUGCCUGGACACCGCCCGAGAUGCGGUCAUCAGCCUCUGCGGACACCUGUUCUGUUGGCCUUGUCUUCAUCAGUGGCUGGAGACGCGUCCCAGCAGGCAGCAGUGUCCCGUGUGUAAAGCAGGAAUCAGUCGAGAUAAAGUCAUUCCUCUGUACGGCCGUGGCAGCACCAGUCAGGAGGAUCCCAGAUUGAAAACGCCACCACGACCUCAGGGUCAAAGGACAGAGCCCGAGAGCAGAGGGUUUCAGGGUUUUGGCGACACAGGGUUUCACAUGUCGUUUGGGAUCGGUGCUUUUCCGUUCGGUUUCUUCACCACAGUCUUUAACGCCAACGACCCCUUCCACAGGCCAGAUCCUCAUUAUGAUCAUCAAGGCAACGGCAAUCCCAACAACGGCAACAACUGGCAGGACUCGCUCUUCCUCUUCCUGGCCAUCUUCUUCUUCUUCUGGCUGCUGAGUGUGUGAGUGCUUCAGAUGAUGGACGAGGACACUGUCUCGUGUGUGUGCUUUCAGAAGAUGAACUCCUGUCUGUCUGUGUCUCAUAUCCAUAUAUACACACACACACUCUCUCUCACUCACACUCUCGCAUACACACAUACAUUCUCACUCGCACACACACACUCACACACAUCAGUGUUGAGAGACAGUAUUAAUGUAGAUGAAACACUACAGCCGUUGAUGAAUCUCACCAGAACAU